CAAGUGUGUGUCGAGCUGCGCUGCUUUAUGACCCCACACACUUCCCGCUCACGUUUCACUUUUUAUGCUCACAUCCUGUCAGUGGGACAACAGCUCUCUGUGAGUCUGUUACUGUGCAGUUCGCUCUCGCUGGCUUCUAUUGUCCAGAGGACGUGCUGUUAAUUUUCAGCCCUGAGACAAAGAGAAAGCGGAUGAUAUAGACAGCAACCCGGGCUCCUCCACCAGAGAAGGUUUGCUGGAAUGGGUAACCUGCUAAAAGUCCUAACAAGGGAUAUAGAGAACUAUCCACACUUUUUCCUGGACUUUGAAAAUGCACAGCCGACGGAAGGGGAGCGGGAGGUGUGGAACCAGGUGAACUCAGUCCUGCAGGACUCUGAGAACAUCCUGACCGGCCUGCAAUCGUACAAAGGAGCCGGCCAGGAGAUCAGAGAUGCAAUUCAAAACCCCAACGACUUCAUGCUGCAGGAGCGAGCCUGGAACUCAGUGUGCCCGCUCGUCAUCAAACUCAAGAAGUUCUACAGUUUCUCCCUCAGACUAGAGGAGGCCCUGCAGAGUUUGUUGGAGAGCCUGACCUGUCCGCCCUUCACGCCCACCCAACACCUGGAGAGGGAGCAGGCUCUGGCCAAACAGUUUGCUGAGAUCCUCCACUUCACUCUGCGCUUCGACGAGCUCAAGAUGAGAAUUCCUGCCAUCCAGAACGACUUCAGCUACUACAGAAGAACCAUCAGUCGGAACCGGAUAAACAACAUGAAUUUGGACAUUGAGAGUGAGGUGAACAACGAGAUGGCCAAUAGGAUGUCUCUGUUCUACGCUGAAGCCACACCCAUGCUGAAGACGCUCAGCACCGCAACCACCAACUUUGUGACAGAGAACAAGACUCUUCCACUGGAGAACACGACAGACUGUCUCAGCACCAUGGCCAGCGUCUGUAAAGUCAUGCUGGAGACACCGGAAUACACGAGUCGGUUCAGCAGCGAGGACACGCUCCUGUUCUGUAUGAGGGUCAUGGUGGGAGUCAUCAUUCUGUAUGACCACGUUCACCCCAACGGAGCCUUCAACAAAUCCUCCAAGAUAGACAUGAAAGGCUGCAUAAAGGUCCUGAAGGAUCAGCCGGCAGACAACGUAGAAGGCCUCCUGAACGCUCUCAAAUUCACCACAAAACACCUGAACGACGAGUCCACUCCGAAGAACAUCCGGACGAUGCUCCAGUAACGUUUUCUUUUCUUUUUUUAAAUCUAAACAGAUAUGAAGAGGAUCAAUGCUCUGACCUCAAAUAAGAUGUAUAUGUUUACAUUAUUUAAAAAAACUCUAUGUUAAUACUCGUGUGUAUUUGCAUAGUCAUUCCCUCCGAGCUAUGGAAAACCUUGUACCUUGUUCUAACUUUGCAAAAAAACAAUAUGAAAGCACCACAUGACUCGCCUCUGCUGUCAGCAGCUGUCAAAGCACAACGACGGACACCCAUCAGCCUUAUGUAACGAGCUUUGCAAGCGGCACACGGAAAAACAUGACGUUCUCAAUCUUUUAUUUGACAAUGGAAGAAGUUCAGUGUACAGCUUUUAGUCAAAUUUGAAGCGAAAUAAAUCUUUUCAUAAUGAGCGUUUUAGAUUGUGACAGUGUGUGUUAAAACAAGUGGAAGUGUUUCUGUCUUCUCACUUGAUCUGAAGUCUCAAUGAAAUCAAUCAGUGUGUGUUGCAGUGAAGGGCUAAACAUUGAAGCAGAUAAGGGAUUGGUUGGUUUGAUGUAAGUAUUGCUAAAAGCAUUUUCUCUUUCUAUGCUCAGCUGUUGUAUUUUUUUUUUCUCACACUCCAAUCUUGUGAAAUAAAUCCACUGUGAACAUUAAUCUUACUUUGCACAUCCAGUAAGAUCCGGUUGGCUUUAAAUCUGAGUUCUGUAAAGGCAAAAUCAAAUCAACCCACCAUGUGUUUUUAUUUAACUGUUAAUGCGGCAAUCCUUCUGAAUGAUGGUCGAUUGUUUCGCCAUAUUUUAAGUGACUUAGUGUGUGGCUUUUGUAUUAAACAGAAAUUUCUAUAAAAAAAAGGCCGACCUUUAAUUCUGAAUAAAUGAUAUGUGCUUCUUAACUGAACAAGUUUUUAAAAAAAUCUUUUUUAUUAGUGCCCUCCAAACUAAUGGCAUCACUAUGUAACACUCACACUUCUAUUUACUAACACUCCAUCACAUUGUACGUGAUAGGCUAAGGGGCGGGACUCCUCUAAGCGGUUGACCAAUCACAACACAGCUAACCAAUCAGAGCAGAGGGUUUCAGACAUUCUCUUUCAAACAUACAACGGUUUUAUUCCCUGAGGGAAUAACGGAACAUUCAUCUCGUCAUUAUUUAAAUAGAAACUUUUAGUUGAGUUUAAUUACAUUUUGUGUCAUCUAUAAAUAGAACUACAGCCUGGAUCUGUUCAUAACCUGACAUUUUUCUUUAAAAUUAGGUAUUUAUCUCAAAUUUGACUACUAAAGUAUGAUGACCUUCACAUUUUGUGAGCAUGAUUAAUGUCAUAUCCUCACUUGGAUAUUUCCUAACGUUCUUGACAAUCUCAUAAUUCUCGAUUACAUUGUUUUAAAUUGAAUUUUGUUUAUUUUAGUAACUUCUUAAUGUUGAUGGAUAGGAAAUUUGAGUAAAAAAGGAACUAAUAAAAAUGUUUGGAAUGUAAAACCUCCACUUCUCCAUAAAAUAACUAAGCAGAUUUGAAUUUGACCAUGUUGCAUACUAUAAUAACUAUAACUGCAGCAUCAUCACCCCAUGAUUAUAAAACAUUGAAGUACAUGUUGCUUUUCAUGGCACCGCCUUAAAUAUAAUCACACACUGAGAAAUAUUACGGUUUUAAGCUUAAAAUAACUCCACCUACAACACAAAUACUUCAAAUCAGUUUCAUCAUAAGCCAUAUACAGUAUGUAGAGAUCUAUACCCCCCUCCGCGCUUUCAUUAACAUUCAGUUCAUGAACAUGCAUUAACACGUCAGGUAUUUCCUUUAAUUCAGGCCUGUUGUUUAUUUCUGAUCCUCUUGUAUUUAGUAAUAUAUACCUGUGUAUGUGUGUGUGAGCCACACUUUGAAUGCUAUGUAAGUGUACAAUAAUUGGAGCAGGUGUGCGUAUGAUACUGAUAUUUCAUAUCUGACUGAAUCAUCAUGAUGGAUGUACACCGAGCCCCCCCUCCUGCGUGUUGAGUGCGAGGUGUUGAAUUCUGCGCCAGAUUCAGUUUUUUUCCGUCAGGUAUUGUUUCAUAUUUCUGGAGUUCAGACUCACUGUUUAGAUGAGUUGCUUUGGCUUUGUACUGCGUACUGAAUGGGAUGUGUGGAUUGGAUAAUAAAGGUGGUACAUUUCUUAUA